AUGCCGGGGCUCUGGCUGGAGCUCGCCGGGCAGAAGCUGCUGCUCUGGGGCGCGGCGAGCGCCGUCCUCCUGGUCGCUGCCACCGUCCUCCUGGACCUCCUGCAGAGGGUGGCGAGCUACGCGCGGAAAUGGCAGCAGAUGAAGCCCAUUCCGACGGUCGGCCGCGCCUACCCCCUAGUGGGACACGCGCUGAUGAUGAAGACGGACUCCACAGAAUUUUUUCAACAAUUAAUUCAGUACACAGAAGAAUAUCGCCAUAUGCCACUGCUGAAACUCUGGCUUGGGCCAGUGCCUAUGGUGGCCCUUUAUAAUGCAGAAAAUGUAGAGGCAAUUUUAACUAGUUCAAAGCAAAUUGACAAAUCCUCUGUGUACAAGUUUCUAGAACCAUGGCUUGGCCUAGGACUUCUUACAAGUACUGGAAGCAAAUGGCGCUCCAGGAGAAAAAUGUUAACACCCACUUUCCAUUUUACAAUUCUGGAAGAUUUCUUAGAUGUCAUGAAUGAGCAAGCAAAUAUAUUGGCUAAUAAGCUUGAAAAACAUGUUAACCAAGAAGCAUUUAACUGCUUUUUUGACAUCACUCUUUGUGCCUUAGAUAUAAUCUGUGAAACAGCUAUGGGGAAGAACAUUGGUGCUCAAAGUAAUGAUGAUUCUGAGUAUGUCCAUGCAGUUUAUAGGAUGAGUGACAUGAUAUUUCGAAGAAUGAAGAUGCCCUGGCUUUGGCUUGACCUUUGGUAUCUUAUGUUCAGAGAAGGAUGGGAACACAAAAGGGACCUUAAGAUCCUACAUACUUUUACCAACAACGUCAUCGCUGAACGGGCCACUAAAAUGAAGACAGAUGAAGAAGGUAGAGGUGAUGACCGGGGCUCUGUCCCCUCCAAAAAUAAACGCAGGGCUUUUCUUGACUUGCUUUUAAGUGUGACUGAUGAUGAAGGGAACAAGCUAAGUCAUGAAGAUAUUCGAGAAGAAGUUGACACCUUCAUGUUUGAGGGCCAUGAUACAACGGCAGCUGGGAUAAACUGGUCCUUAUACCUAUUGGGUUCUUAUCCAGAAGUCCAGAAAAAAGUGGACAAUGAACUGGAUGAAGUGUUUGGGAAGCAUAAGUGUCCUGCUUCCUUAGAAGACCUGAAGAAACUCAAAUAUCUGGAGUGUGUUAUUAAGGAGACCCUUCGCCUUUUUCCUUCUGUUCCUUUAUUUGCCCGUACUCUUAAUGAAGACUGUGAAGUGGCAGGUUACAGAGUUGUGAAAGGCACUGAAGCAGUCAUCAUUCCCUAUGCAUUGCAUCGAGAUCCAAAAUACUUCCCCAAUCCUGAGGAAUUCCAGCCAGAACGAUUCUUUCCAGAGAAUGCACAAGGACGCCAUCCAUAUGCGUAUGUGCCCUUUUCUGCAGGACCCAGAAACUGUAUAGGUCAAAAGUUUGCCAUGAUGGAAGAAAAGACCAUUCUUUCCUGCAUCCUGAGGCAGUUUUGGGUAGAAUCCUACCAGAAGAGAGAAGAACUUGGUUUGUCAGGACAGCUGAUUCUUCGUCCAUGUAAUGGCAUCUGGAUCAAGCUGAAGAGGAGAAAUGCAGAGGAAGCUUGA